GGAACAACAAGAGGUGGCGGUUCAUCCAGAUGAUCAUGAUCAUGAUCUAGAAAGUCAUUCUUGUAGAAGUGAGUUCUUAGUGGUCUACUUAGUUGUAUCUUAGUUCAUCUUAUCGAUGAUUCUCACCUCUACCUCACGACCACCUUAAAGGAUCAAGAACAGAGAGGACCACAAAUAAGAUGGACGACGAUUUCCUCAAAUCAUUGACCUCUGCUUUCGUGGAUGGGCAUGAACCACCUUCAUCCAGUAAAAAACCCGAACUACUACCAGCCUCAGCGGCCACUGAGCAGAAGCAGGUACUUCUCAGGAGUAGGGAGGAAGUGGAACGAGCGAAGAAUACCCAUGCUGUAGAAGCCAAUGGAGGUGCUGGUGUUUCUGUUGUGCCAGCAUCUAGUGGUAUGGUCCUCCCUGUUGUAGUUGCUGCUGCACCUCCUGGGGAAACAGGAUCGGCGACAGACGUAGCGUCGCUGGCAGGAACUGAGCAACAAGAUGUGGAAAUGAAGGAUGUUGCCAGUGCAGCAGCUGCAACUGCAACAUCUUCUUCUGUCGUUCCUCCUAUAGGAGGAGCAACUACAUCAGAUGCACCAGCAGCAACAUCUACCACAUCUUCUUCUACUACAAUGGCUGCUCGUCCAGUAGCGACGACAAUGGCAGUUCCAGUUGUAGGCACCCCUUCUCCAGAGGCAGAGGAGGUUGAAAAAAGCAUAGCAGGAGCUGUGGAAGACCCGAAGCAAGAGGAUCCUGUUAAAGCCUUCGCAAGAGACCGAUUCUCACGCUCCUAUGGGGUCUUCAUCAUUCAGCGGGCUUGCAAGAGCUGUAGUAGUUCAUCUAGUAGUUCGAUUAAGGCUUCCACACGUGAAGAUUCAUCCUGAAUAAAGGCAUCUUUAGCACGUUUUCAAAGGGGAUGAAAAAUAGAGUGGUCAAAGAAGCACUUCAGGAUGAAUAAGUAUUUGGAAUAAUGUCUAACUCUAGUCGUGGCGCAGGAGGCCCAGCGGGCAACUUUCCCUCUUCCGAGGUGCCACAGCGAGUGAUGAUAACCGCAUGUCACAUAUUUCAGACGUACUUCUGUUAUUGUGCAUUUGACGACCACGACAUCAGAUAUGCAGCCUUGGCUUGCAUCAAUAUGGCCAAUAAAGCGGAGGAAAAUCGGCUCUGCACGUUGAGGAGUUUAGUGACGACAAAUCUGCACUGGGUUUUUGCAGCUGCACCAAAUACGAAUACAAAUACAUCUUCAACUGCUGACCAGAUGAACAUGACAGAACCGAACCAAGAUGCUCCCUUGAACCUACCAGCAGUAGCGACAGUGGUGAAGCGUGUAGUCAGGAUCGAAAAGCGGAUGAUGCGAGUCUUGGGUUUCGAGCUGAACGAAUUCUGCAGUUUUGCGGAAGGUCACUGCCACAACAUUCUUUAUGCUUGGGGCAGUGAGUUAGCGAGCAGUGGUCCUCUCUCACCAUCACCAGAACUACAAAACCAAGACAAGGACAUGAAGAAUCUUCAAAAGCUUGUGAUGCGGAUACUCCACAAAAGCAUCGGAUAUGCCAACGAUAGCUUGCGAACUACACUAUGCUGUCGACAGGAUAGCCACAUCAUCGCAGCCGCUUGCUGGAACCUGGCGUGUAGAGAAGAAAGGUGUAAAGACAUGAUCCCUAGCACUCUUGCGGAGAGUGACCAAACAACAGAGGGCAGCCUCUUCCUGCAAAAACAACAAGUUUUGAGGGCUAUGCGAGAGAUCCAAGCACUUUAUACAAGCACAACAGGAGGUAUCGAUGAUGCUGCUCUGGCUGGAGAAACUUCUACGGCAUUUGUACCUUAUCAAAACCUACCAGCUAGCCCUGAAACUACUGAUGAUGAACAACAAGAACCAGCACUUGAUGCUCAGGUGACAAAGUUGUAGGACAUGCUCACCCAUACCCGCCUUGACCCUCUAUUCGUACCGUCUUCAAACAUCAUUUUAUAAAUCUGCUGUCGUCUGGCUCGAUGUCGAUAUCCUCGUUGUGAAACAAUACAAAAAAGGCACCAC